UUCCCAGACCCCACAAGAAAGACUAAAAGGGGCUGGAGUCGACUGCUACAGUAUAAACCAAAAUGGUUUUCAGACUCUUUUUCAUUUUACUGUUCAGUGAAAAUUGCAGCAAAUUUUCUUCAGCACAACUUCAAGCAACUGUUUUGCCACCCUUGAUAUAUAAUGCAUACCAAGAUUCUACUGAGUUCGGAUCAUUUACAUGUGUCACCAGAAACAGUGAUGACAUUCGCUGGAUAGUAGACGGCUAUGCUCAUAACGAUCCUUCUCUUAGAGACAAGAUAUUCGUGUACACUGAAUCCUAUGCUAACAGGUCCCAACAUUCAGUCAUAAGGAUACCAGCUAUUCCAGCUAACAAUCGUAUUGCUGAAAUUGAGUGCAGGGCAUAUAGCGAUGAACCAUGGGAGGUGGCCUAUUCUGCUCAUACGGCUCAAUUCAACAUCCAAGGGUUACUCGAUAUGCCACCCAACGCAACAUACAGCAGCUACAAUGCAACGCAUUACUUAGUAGAAUGGAUGCAGCCACAAACUUUAGACAUUUCUAAUGUGGAGCCAGACAUAGAAAAUUACACAGUGUGCACCUACAAAAAUAACGUUGACCCCGAGUGUGCUAAUGCAACAACAGCUCGACUUUUUCUCCCAAAGUAUUUCUUUGACCAGUUUGUAUUCAUAACUGUCUGGAAUAUUGUUGGAGAGAGCAACAGCUCAGCUCAACUUGUGAUUGAAAGGUGUAACAUUAACGACGAAUUCUCAAUGGCAGGCAGUGAAAGACGACCACUAAGUCUCGAAUUUGACAAUGACAACACAACGGUUAUCAAAAUCUCCUUCACAGAAUAUGAUAACAAGUCCAAUGUAUCAACGAUUGACGAUUGUCUAUACCUAUAUGAAAUGAAUGUAACCCAACGACUCUCAAUGGAAGUACUCGCAACUGUAAAGCAAUAUGGUUACAACCAUUCCAUUGUAUUGAAGCUGCCACUUCCGAAGAAUGAAGCUUAUACACUCAACAUCAUUCGCACUACACAUUCUAGGCAGUUACUACUGAACCCCAUCAAUUUCAGUACUUAUGAUCUUCAGGAUGUGAGCGUAUCAAAAGUAGGAAACUUGUUAAAGGUGACCUGCCGUUUUGCCAGAGGAGCAACUGCUCACCGUUGUAUGUUGGUUCUGGAAUCUGAAAACGGAGUUGUAUCACUGGAACAACAUUUAAGCCUCUCUAAUAACACUGGAUGCAGAACUACACAAUGUUCCGUACACACUACUUUCAACCUGUCGACACUUUUCAUCGUUGGAAACGUAUCUCUUAUCGUUUCUGGUUUUGAAGAAAGUGUUUUGAAUAAUGUGCACAUCCGAGAGUUUAGGAUAGAAUUAUCUGAUCUCAGAACAGAGGUUAUGAAUAGCACACCAUCAAACAACACAACAGAGAAUCUGAUAACACUGACAACACCAGGAAACAGCACAGACACAAGAAUAACGCUUGUGAUGAUGCUGUCAGCUGGAGUUUUUGGAGGAGCCAUAGGUGCUGUUUGCCUUGUCGGCAUAUCCAUAGUGACUAUCAGGGUUCUUCUAAGAAGAUUAUCUACCAAAACAAGCGCGGAAGAAGUGUAUAAUGACAAUAAACAUUUAAGACUUCAUGCCAAUGAAGCCUAUUCUUUUGUAAUUCAGUUAAGAAGAAAUGAAGCAUAUGAGACGACAGGAAAACCUUCUGUAUCUCAAGAGGACACUGGCCCUCAUCUGUAUGAUGAGAUCCCCCUGCCAGCACAGGCAAAGGAGCCAGUGUAUGCUGAAAUAGGAGGAAAUUGAUCAACAAUUAUGUGUACAGUAAUAUAUUUAGCUUACAUGCAUGCACUUAUUAUCUUUUGUGUGAAUGGUGUUCACAUGCACUGUGUGUACAUGCAUGUUUAAUAUUAACACCCCAGGUGGCUGUCCUGUCAG